GAAGGGCAGGACGGGGAGAGGCGGGGCUUGGCGGACUCGUGACCAACAAAGUCACGUGACCCGGUCUCGCAAGAUGGCGGUGUGUGUGGCAGUGAUCGCUAAGGAGAAUUACCCUCUUUACAUCCGCAGUGUGCCCACGGAGAGUGAGCUAAAAUUUCACUACAUGGUGCAUACCUCACUGGAUGUGGUGGAUGAGAAGAUCUCUGCCAUGGGGAAGGCCCUAGUGGACCAACGGGAGCUCUAUCUGGGCCUACUGUACCCCACAGAGGACUACAAGGUAUAUGGCUAUGUGACCAACUCCAAAGUGAAAUUUGUCAUGGUAGUGGACUCUUCCAACACGGCACUUCGAGACAAUGAGAUUCGCAGUAUGUUCCGGAAGCUGCACAACUCCUACACUGAUGUCAUGUGCAACCCCUUCUAUAACCCGGGUGAUCGUAUUCAGUCCAGGGCCUUCGACAGCAUGGUGACGACCAUGAUGAUACAGGUGUGCUGAGCACACUGAGACACCAGGAGAGCAGCUGUAAAUGAGCGUGCUGUGUGGACUUUUAUUUAUUGUUGUCUGCCUGUCCUGAAUGUCAUGGCCAUGUUGUGUGUGUGUGGACAAAGCCUUGAUCUCCGUGCAUGUCAACUAAAGGUCUCCAGUGAGCAGA